AUGCUCAAGGCUGCCUCGCUUCUGUUCGUCGCUUUGCCGGCGUCUGCCCUGCCGGCUGCCUACACGCAUCACACGAGUGCGCAGGCCAACACCGUCAACGACAUCAACCCGACCGCUCGGGGCCUCGCCUUUGCGCCCAAGCCCUCGCCCGUGCCCGACGUGGUCGACGACCCCGCCUGGCUGAUCGCCACCUCUGGCUUCUGCUCGAACCUCAACGUCAUGAUCAAGGAGCGCGACGUCGAGGCGAGCGAGACGGAGGGCGACACCGCGGCCCACUUCGUCGCCGACAUCGAGUUCAACUACUACCCGCAGACGGCGGUCAAAUUUACCGACUUCCCUCACCACCUCGCAAAGACCAUCGAGGGCGAUGCGGCCGAGGCGGACGCGCUGGCCUCCAGCGAUUGGGACCACAAGAACAUCGCGCUGCUCGAGCCGACGUCGACGUGCGGCGCUGACGAACAGAACGACCAGGCUUGGGGCAUCUCGGUCUUCAAGGUCGAGGAGCACCGCCACUGCACUGACGGCGAGACCGCGUGGGACGGACACCCCUGCGUCCACUACUCCGGCUACGUCUCGGCGGCUACAUCCAACUUUGUCAACGUGAAUGAGGGGCGGUUCGUCUGCCAGCUGUUCGUCGACUCGGAAUCGUUCGGUGGGUUUGGGAAGGGGGUCGGCGAGAUCCUCUGGGGGGCGGCGAACGUGCUGCAGAACAAGCUGACGCGGGCCCAGUACCUCGAUGAGGCGCGGCCGCUCGCGCUCGUGCUCGAGAAUGUCGCUGUGCGCGAGGAGUCGCUGGCCCUCGUCUGCUCGUAUGCGAUCGGCCUGCUGCUCCCGGUGACGCUACGCUCGCUCGAGUGCGACAGAGUCGAGCUCCGCCUCUCGGGUGGGCGGCUGCUCCGGCUGGCGGCCAAAGCGGCGGCGAGCAAAGCGAGGAGGAGGAGAGCCUCGGGCGGCGACGGCGAGCGGUUCGGCUCGGUCGGCGAGGCCGCGAUCGACAGCAUCGCUGCCGUCGACCCGCUCGCCGGGGCCGCGCUCACCUGCGUCUUUGUGGGCCUCCGCAUGCAGCACACGCUGCAGAGGCCGGCAGAGUGGGCCGACUCAGCGCACGCGCAAAAGAUGCUCUCUCCUCCGGCGGCCGAGCUCGCCGCCGCGCUUCCGGUCCUGCUGCAGGCCGGCUCGGCAGCCCUCGCGCAGAAAUGGGCCCAGGGCGACGGCGGCGACGGCGGCGAGGGCGGCGAGGGCGGCGAGGGCGGCGAGGGCGGCGAGGGCAGCGACGGCGGCAGAGGCGAGGGGCGAGGCGGUGCCGAGAUUUGCGACGGGCAAUGCGACGCUACGGGGACGGCGCGCGAGGAGGCGCGGGCCGCGCAGGCGGCGGCGCUGCAGGCGGCUCGGGCGACAGGCGACGGCUGGGCGGUUGCAGACCCGAUCCUGGCGCCUCCGGUGCGGAAGAGCUGGGGAUGGCUCAAGCUGCUCAACUCGGUCGCCUUCGAGCUCGCCUCCGCCCAAGCGCGAGGCAGCGUCGCGCCGCCGCAGCUAGCGACGCUGACGCGCCUGAACGACGCGAUGAACGGGUGGGCUAACUGGUUGGCGACGGUGGAGGCGGAGGCGGUGGCCGCCGUGCAAGCCGCGCCGGAGCCCGGCACGCCCGCCGCCGGCCCCGACUUGCUCGGCAUGCUCCGGCACGUCGGCCUGCCCGUCGACGAACUUCUCCCGCCCGCCACGCCAAACACGCCUGCGGCCGCGGCGACGCCGAGGACGCCACUCAGGCCAGACAGCAGCGGGCCAGACAGCAGCGGGCCAGACAGCAGCGGGCCAGACAGCAGCGGGCCAGGCGGCAGCGGGCCAGGCGGCAGCGGGCCAGGCGGCAGCGGGCCGGGCGGCAGCGGCAGCAGCCCUGCCCUUUGUGGCACGGGCGACGCUUGGGCCGUCGCGGAGCCGAGCUCGCCGCCGCCGCCGCCGCCGCCGCGGACUCCUCCUCCCCCUCCGCCCUUCCACGCGGCUGCGCCGGGGCGGCCGUCCUACUUGCCCGGGGCAGCGCGCCCGCUCCGCUGCGCGGCAGCGCACGCGUCUCUCGAGGUCGGCGCGAGCCACGCCGCGGUCUGCUUGCUGCUCUCCUCCUCGCGCGGCGCUGCCCCGCUGCUCGAGGUCCAGCUGAGCCCCGGCUCCGACGGCACGCCUCCCGCCCAGUCCUACUCCCCCAUGUCCGCGACAUGUAGAGCACGCCUCGUGUGCGCCCUCUCUGAGCCCUCUCUGGACGUGUACGCUGCAGGGCCGCUGCCCCCGAUGCUCGAGCUCGACGCGGAGAGCGGAGGCGCGCAGAGCGGAGGGUACCCCCUCGCCGACAUCAAGGAGCUGCCCUCCCUCGAGCUGCCGGGCGGCCGCAAGCUGUACGUGGCGGUCCGGCAGCACGGCUCGACACGCGCACUCGUUGUGGCGGAGGACCCGCCGCUCCGCCGGCCCCGCCGCGGGCACGGCAUGCGGGCGUGGCUCGACAAGACCUUCUCGCGCCUCGGACUCGUGGGCCUCGCCGCGCCGCUCGGCGGCGCGUCGCGGCUGCAGCUGCAGCUCUGUCUGUCUGCCGUCUCGGUCUCGCUAGUCGAGUCGGGUCCGAAGGGGACGCCGCGCGAGCUGCUCGGCGCCGCGCUGCGCGGAGUCCGCCUGCGGCUCGCUCCGUCGGCCGAGGGGCUCGACACGCGUGUGUCGGUCGACUUGCUGCAGGUGGACAACCUGCUGCAGCACGCGCGCCACGGCGUCCUGCUGCGCGCGGGCCCGCCCCCCGCCGGCGAGCCCGCCGAGGGGGGGGCGGAGGACGGCGCGGGCGACGACGGCGCGGGCGACGACGGCGCGGGCUGCCGCGCGUUUGUUCUGCACGCGGUGCGGCGCGGCAAUGAGUACGAGAGGCUCGUGCUGCAGCUCGCGCCGCUCACGCUCGCUCUCGAGGCGACGGUGCUAGCCCGCCUCGCCGUCAUCGUCCCGCGAUCGCGCCAGGGGCAGGCCGGCGGUGGGGACGGCGGAGAGAGCGGUGGCGCGCACGGCGCGCGGCUGCUGGUGCAGCGGCUCUCGGCGACGCUUGAGGAGCCUCCCGACUGGUCGCGCCGGCGGCCAAUCUACAUCGAGUCGCUGCUGAUCGGUCAGAUCGACCUGACCAUCUCGAGCGCGCUCGAGGUCCAGCGCGACGACGCGCCGCGCCAGCCUGCGGGCGAGGCCGCGCGCGGCGGAGGGCUGCUCUCGGUCGGCGGCGGCGGCGCGCCGUCGGAUUGGAUGGCGGCGGCGAGCGCGGUGCCGCUGCUCGCUCACGCACUCCAGUCGAUGGUGGUCCUCGCCAAGGGCAUCGGGCUCAACUUCGCCUCGGUCUCGGGCGUGCCGCUCUCCUUCGCCACGACGAGCCAGCAGCGCGUUUUCUACACGCCCUCCGAGCUGCUCUACCGGCUGCGGCAGACCUUCACGCGCCAGCUCUACCCGCAGCUCGGGAAGGCGGUGGGGCACUCGCAGAUGCUGGGGGACCCGCUCGGCGCCCUCUCGACGCUCGGAUCGGGCCUCAAGGGGCGAGCACUUGCUCACCGGAGGCCGCUAGUGAGCACUUGCUCACCGGAGGCCGCUAGCGAGCACUUGCUCACCGGAGGCCGCUACCUGCUCGGCGGCGUCGGCGGGUUUCUGUUCGGCCCGCUGCGCCACAUCGCGGCUUCGCUCAACUCGGUGGUGGGCCGGAUGAACCGGCCGGACGACCCCCUCCUCGACGGCAGCCCGAACGCGCAGCCCGGCCGGCGGAGGGACGGCUCGAUCCGCGUGCCGCGCGGCAAGGACGCGCUGCGCACGUUCGGCUCCGGCUUCAGCGGCAUCGUGUUGAAGCCGGUCGAGGGGCUGCACAAGGACGGCGCGCUCGGCGCCGCCAAGGGCGUCGCCGAAGGCCUGGGCGGCUGCGUCGUCAACAGCGCCGUCUCGGCGCCGCUGCAGUUCGCCGCGUGGCUGUCGUCGGGCGCCGAGCAGUACGCGAUGCGCCAGAUGCCGCGGCUGGCCGGCUCGGCGCGCCUCCUGCUCCGCGUGCGUCACAAGCCUGCGGCGGGCAAGCCGGGCCUGCCACAGCCACACGCAGACUGCCUCGGCUCUGUGGCGUGCGGCUCGAGCUGGUUCGCGCUGGGCGCGCGGCGGCGGAAGGACGCGCUUGCGGAGGAGGAGCGGGCCCCUCAGGAGGCGAUCGCUGCGGGCGGCGGCGGCGGCGGCGGCGGCGGCGGCGGCGGCGGCGGCGGCGGCGGGCCUCGGCGGCGCCGGCUCCGAGCGGCGGAGGCCUCGUCGCCGAUCGAGGCCUCGAGCGACGGGGAGUGCAGCCGCGGGUGUGGCGGCGUGCAGGGGAGCGCGCGAGGCGAGGCUGGCGAGAGUGGCAGCACAUUCGCCCGCUCGGCCAGCCUGCAGAGCCUGCAGAGCCUGCAGAGCCUGCAGAGCUUGCAGAGCCAGCCGAGCCUGCAGAGCCAGCCGAGCCCGUCCGCCUCGCCCGUCGCGUCGUCGAGCGUGGGUGGCUCGUUGACCUCCGACCUCGAGAUCGGGGCGAGCUCGGGCUCGGCCGACGACAGCGACGACGAGCCGCGCCGCGCGCGGCGACCGGGCGGAGGAGGCGGCGGGCCGAGGCCGGAGGCAUGGUGGGCGGGCGGGAGGCGCGCCGGGAGUAGUGCGAGGCGUGCCUUUGGGGGAGGGAGGGGCGGGGCGCCCGGCGGGGGGGGCGGCGCGGCUGCCGGAGCUGCCGCUCCCGCCGCCUCUGCCGGCGCGCCGCUCUCUCUGGCUCAGCGUCUCAAGCGGAAGUGGAAGCAGCGCCGCCGCUCCCCGCCCGAGGCGGGCGCGCUGCUGCUCGAGUUCCGCUGCUUCAGCGCCACCUUUGCCGAGCGGCACCGCCUCUCGACGGCGGCCGCCAAGGAGCCGGUGCUGCUGCGCUUGCGCUCGGUCGUGGACCGCGGCAUCACGGCGGGCGUGGACCGCGGCAUCACGGCGGGCGCGCCGGGCAGCUCGAGCACCCCGCUCAGGGCCGCCGCGCCGUCGCUGCGCCCGCCCUCGCCCGCCGCGCCCCUCCUCCCUGGCCCGGAAGUGUCCAGCGGCGGAAGCCGCGGGGCGGCGGAGACGGCGGCCGCCGCCGCCGCCCCGGCCGCGGUCGCGCGCGAGCGGCUCCAGCCGCACCACCUGCUGCACGUCAGCGGUCACAAGGCGGCGGUGCGCAGCGGCACGCGGCCGUACGUGGCGUACGACCUCUCCGUCCUCGGCGGCGCCGGCUCGGGGCGCGGCUGGCUGGUGGAGCGGCGCUUCUCGCAGUUCGACCAGCUCGUGUGCGAGCUGCGGAGGCAGUGCCCGGCCGCCCUCGCCGCCUCCGCCGCCAAGCUGCCCUCCAAGUUCCGGCUGCCCUCCUCGCUCUCCGAGGAGGGCGACCAGCGGCUCGCACCGCUGCAGGCGUGCCUCGCCGCGCUCUUGUCGGUCGAGGCGCUGCGCUGCUCCGAGCCGCUGCUCCUCUUUGUGGGAGCGCACCACGACCCGGCGCGACGCGGCGUGUGGGAGGCUGCCGUCCGGGCCGUCGCGCGCAGGGCAAAGUGA